AACAGUUCCAAGGGGCGCAAAGGCACACUCACAGCCAGAGUUUGGAUGUGAUUUGGCAGUUUUGGGCGUGAGAUGUCUGUGCCAAGUUUGGAAGAUCUACUGGCUGAAUUGGAUCGGCAAGAAGAGUUGGAAGCCAUUGAAGAGGUGCCCACUCGUGAAGAGCAUGAAGAAGUCCCAGUUGGUCCGGAAGGAGUUCGUCCACACGAGCAGGAAGGAGGAAGUUCUGCAAGUGCUGCAGUAAGAAGAAGGAGGGGUGGGCGCUUUUCGGACAUGGUGGGCUCUGGCAGUGGAGCCACACCACCGCCUAAAGCAGAGAAUCCAGUGUCCAUCGGAAUGCUGCAGAGAGAUGCUUGCCAUUUUGAGACUCAAGAUGGUGAUGCCUCCACACGUGAUGAUGAAAGAAGUCCUCACACCAGCUGGACUGGUAUGUCCGGUCAAGCAGCUCAGGAACAUCACCGGUCCGAGGAGUAUGGCAUUCACAGCUCCAGUUCUGAGGAGGCCGAAAGCUUGCCAAGAGUCAAAGCACUACUUUCGCACUUGGACCAUGAGGUGUUGGAUCCCGAGCGCCUGCGAGCUCAGGCAGAAGCUGCAGCCUUUGAGGAAAGACAAAGGAGGGCAAGAGUGGAGGCAGAAGAGCAAUCCAAAGAGGAUGAACGGAGGCGCGUGGAAGCUGCUCGCGAAGCGUGGGAACGGCACCGCAUGGCAGCCGAAGAGGCGGAGGAACGCCGCGAUCGGGCCAAUCGCUAUGCAAUCCUUCUGGAAGAGAAGACACGCAAAUUGGUGGAGAAGCAAUCGUCAAAGAGGAAGAAAGUAAGAGAGGAUGAACGACGGGAGCGGCAGAUCGAGAAGGAGAAGCAGCGAGAGGAAAGAAUGAGAAGUGAAGCAGCAAAGAUGUCAGAAAGAAUCCGAAAGAUGGCCGAGAAUGGAUAUGCUUUGGGACCGAGUGGUUGGGUGAGACUGGACUGGCUGUCGAGUCCAGCAGAUUUGGGGGAUCCCAACUUCCAGGCGGUCCAGGGGCCCAUGCAGGUGGAGGAGACCAAAGACGAAGGGCCUGAAGAUGAUGGAACUGACAACGAGCCCUAUGAUCCGUUUGAGGUAGUGGACCAAAGACCACAACGAGAAGAAGAUCAGAAAGCUCCUGAGGCUCUGGACCUGGAGGAUGUCCUUGCAGACUUGGACCAGAAGCAGAUGGAAGGUAUGGCCUCUGGAGCCCAAGUUGCAGAUCUGGACACAGUGCUCAGCAUCGUUGAAGCACAGGAAGAAAGGGACUUGGCUGUCGCUGCUGCAGUUGAAGUGAGGCAGGGCUAUGAGAAGCUAGGAGAAGUGGAAGAGGAGCAGGACGACCUCCCGCAAGACGCCACCGAAACCGCCACCAAAGUGCUGCGAGUGGCGCAGACCCGAAGGCCAGAUGGCAACUUCGGUGGAGCCAUAAAUGCAGAAAGUUCUUUAAAGCCUUUCAAUGAUUUCAUCGAAGAGAAGCAGCAGGGGACCAACUCGUAUGAGGAGCGCCAAGCGAGAUCUGCCGCAAUACAGGCGAAGCUACAGGCUGCCAGGAAUCGCUUGUCGAUCGUGCGCUACGAGCGGAAUAGCGCUCCUGCACCUGCUCCUGUUCCAGAAAAGCCAAGCCGAGCACCUAAAGCAGAAGCGAAACGACAGAAGCCGAAGAUGCCCGAGAGCCGUGAACGAUUUCGGGAACGGCAUGAGCCUGGAUGGGGGUGGCUACAACCUGGGCGGUAGAGUUGCCGGAGGGGACCAAGGAAUCGGGCUUUGCCAAGUGUCAGCCGGGUGGCGCCGCUGCGCGAACCCACCCCUGGCCUGAGCAUAAGCUCAUUCAAUCAAGCGAUCCUUUCGGCGCAAUUUCAGAUGUAAAGUUCGUUUGUUCGCAUUUUAGGGCCAGCAAGAACGUGCCCAAGCGAAUCAGACUUCACUACUUUGUGGGCGAGUUUAGUGAAAGGUCGCGCGAUUGGCCACGUGACAGUAGCAAGUUGUUGGGAGUGUGCGAGCGACAGUCGGGCAUCGUCGGUGGCACACGUCGCCCUUUCGGAUC